CUCGCCCACCCCUGAACACAUGGAACAGUCCUUGUAUGGCGAUGACAGCGUAACACGCACGCUGCUGAAGUUCCUAAAGGACUAUAGAAAGUUUAUCGAUAAUUUAAGGUGGUGAUAUAGAAACAGGGUUCACGAAGAAGACACUAGAAUAUGAGUUUUUAUUCCGUGUAAUAAUAUUGUUUUACUUGAAAGGUUUUCGAGUGUUUAGUCGAACGUUUUAGCUUGGAGAAGUAUGCCUCACAGAAAAAAGAAACGGUUUAUUGACAAGAAAAAUGCGGUAACAUUUCACCUGGUUCAUAGAAGUCAGCGAGACCCCUUAGCAGCUGAUGAGACGGCCCCCCAGCACGUUCUUCUUCCUGCAAGGAAGGCAGAUGUGGAAAACAGAAAGGAAGAGCAGAGAAAGUAUGGAGUAUUCUUCGAUGAUGACUAUGAUUACCUACAGCAUCUAAGAGAAGCCUCCUGUACAGCAGAGCUGGUAUCCAAUAAAUUGCCUCAACAUGAAAGUCGAAUUGUCAUCACUGAAGAUGGUGUACUGGGAACAGAGACAGAAACAGUUCCAGCUGCUUCUCUUAGAUUGCCCUCAUCUGUAUUUGCCUCAGAGUUUGAAGAGGAAGUAGGAUUGUUGAAUAAAGCAGCACCAGUGUCUGGUCCAAGACUGGACAUGGAUCCAGACAUUGUUGCGGCACUUGAUGAAGAUUUUGAUUUUGAUAAUCCUGAUAAUAUUCUGGAAGAUGACUUCAUUUUGAAGGCAAAUGAACCAGGAAGUGAAUGGAAAGAUGCUGACCUGGGAUCAGAUGAUGAUAAUGAAGAAGAAUGGGAAACCACAGAUGAAGAGAGUGAUGGGGAAAAUGUUUACAGUUCAGAUGAAAUGCUUUCUGAUGGGUUUCCUUCCGAGUUUCAAAAUGGAAGGCCAAAGGAAUUUCUGUUUGAAAAAGAAGAGACAAAGAGUCAUUUUACAGAAUACUCCUUAACAUCAUCUGUUAUGAGGAGAAAUGAGCAGCUUACACUGCUAGAUGAUAGAUUUGAGAAGUUCUUUGAACAGUUUGAUGAUGAUGAAAUUGGAGCAUUGGAUAAUGCAGAGUUAGAAGGCUAUAUUGGCAUAGAUAGUGAACGCCUGGAGGAAGUAAUACAGGAGUACUACAGAAUAAAAGCUAAAGAGUACCAAAAACCUGAUGAUCUUGGUCCAAAACAGCUCCCUACAUUGGAAGAGACUGAGGAACAUGAACAAGAACCAACAGAAAUAUUGGUGAUUGAAGAGCCAAAAGAAAAAUGGGACUGUGAAUCUAUCUUGAGUACCUACUCCAAUUUGUACAACCACCCAAAGCUGAUCACCGAUCCACCAAAGGUAAAACCUAUUAAGGUGUCUAAUAAAACGGGCAUUCCACUCGAUGUUUUGCCUAAAAAGAACUUAACAGCUAAGCAAGUGGAACGCAUGGAAAGAAUCAAUGACACUGACCUGCCCAGUGUCUCAACACAGCCAAGACCAAAAGAUGAAACAAGUGAAGAACGGAAAGCACGAAAACAGACAAUAAAGGAAGAGCGAAAGCAAAGAAGAGUAGAAAAGAAAGCAAACAAAAUGGCAUUUAAAGAAGAGAAGACAAGACAAGAAAAAGAAAUACUAAACCUACGAACAAAUAUCCAGGGUCUCAAAUUGUCAUGAAGUGGACUGUUACUCAUUGUUUGUAGAUACUCAGAGGGGAAAAAAAGAACAACAAUUGAAUCUAAAUGGACUUGAAAUGCAAUCAUGUUGUAUUUUAUAGUCAUUAUGUUUUAUUCUGAUGAACAUCUAAAAGGACAAUUGUACUUCUCAAAUAUGAAAUUUCCUAUUUAAACUUGGCAAACUGUUUUUUCUCAUAGUCUGAGUGGUACUUUCCCUAAGGAAAUGAAAAUAUCAAGCACUUUUAUAGUUCGUUUGUACUGUGCAACAUUGUAUAGUAAAGGAAAGAGCAUGCUGUACAGAAUUUCUUCACU